UAGGAAGACAACACGCAAGUGCCCUGCCUGCAAUGGACAUAGAGUCCAGCGAUCGCUUGGGCGAAUUAGAGAAGUCCUACAGCGACCUGGCUCAGAGAUUACAUCGACCAACCAAUGUCAAGUACACGCUUUUGUGGGACUUUGGCAAUAUCCUGCAUUGCUGCAUACCACGAGGACAUGGCCCAUCCCUGCUAGAUCAGAUCAGGAGCCUUUUCAAGCAAAAGCCCAGCGUUUGCUCUGCAACAGCGCGACAGGAGUUGGGCAACCUGCGCCAGCAGGCAAACAAGCAACGCUGGACCUGUUGGGAGAGCGAUGGGUCUGGUGUUGAAGUUGAGGUUGCCAUGCUCAGCGGUCGGUCCUGGAAGUUUGUCAUUGGCAAAUCGGCGAAGGGGUCUGAAGUCAAGGAGCGGCUUGCUGGGCUGUCGGGCAUCCACCUCACAGAGCUCUCUCUCCUUUGUGGCGGCGCUCAAGUGCAGGAUGCGGAGGUUCUGUUGACUGCCUUCGAGACGCAUCUUCUUGGACCACCACCUCAGCUUCACCUGCUUCGAAUUUUCAGGCCCUUUGCACUGAGCUGCAGCACUGAUUGCUCUGUGAAGUUGUGGGACAUGGACAAAGCAACCUGCGUGCAAACGCUUCGAGGCCAUGGCGAUGGAGUCAUGUCUGUUGCCGUCGAUUGGAAGUCCAGAUAUGCUGUCAGCGGUUCCCACGACUGCACACUUCGUGUUUGGGACCUCGACCAUGCCAUUAGCGUACAACUGAUACAGCUAGGAGACCAUCCAGCCUUUUGUUUGGAGUUUGAUCAUUCUGCCCGCAGGAUCUUGACAGGUUCGUGGGACAAGAAAGCAAAGCUUUGGGAUAGCGAAGUGGGCGAGUGCGUGGCUACCUUCAGUGGCCACGCUGGCAUGGUGAAGGCUGUGAGGCUGAACUGGCCACGUCGGCGAGCUCUCAGCGCCGCAUGUGAUGGCACGGUGAAGCUAUGGGAUAUUGACACCUUGCAGUGUCUUCGGACGCUGGAUCAUGGCGAGGAGGUGUGGGCGGCUGAUGUAGAUUGGGACCAAUCACGGGCCCUCAGUGGUUCCAUGGACGCAUCUCUAAGAUACUGGGACCUCAGCACCGGCAAGUGCUUAGCGGCGCUAAACGGCCACACUGAUGCUGUUUCUUCCGUUUUUCUUCGGUGCUCAGAAGGUCAAGCGCUGAGCGGCUCGUGGGACAAAACUGUAAGGCUCUGGGACCUGGCCGACUCUGCCUGCAUGGCUGUCAUGGACAACCGCUGUGCCGUGAUCACAAUGUCGGUGGAUUGGAUACAUCAAGUUGCGCUGGCGGGUUCCAAAGAGGCCAUGAAGCUAUGGCAGCUGCAGACGCGGACAUGCAAACACGUCUUCGAGGGUCACUUGGACGACGACUCUCAGGCCUAUGGUAGCGCCCGGCGACAGUAGGGUCUGGCCCGAAAACAAGUGCUACAUGAUCAUCCAGUGUCCUUCAGCGGCAGCCCCACCUCUGCCGCUCGGCAGCUGUGGCAGUUGUGAGUUGUGCAUUGGCUUCUCUGGGUGGUUUUAUGCAUUCAGGAGAGGCAUUGACAGAGAGAGAGAGAGAGAGAGCGAGAGCGAGACAACAAUGUGCGCCGAGCCCACAUACAGGACACAAGAACAUUAUGCUAGAGUCGACUUCGAUUCAGCAUGCAGUACACAAGGAAGCAGCUUGAAUUGGCAGCAGGUGAGCGUUGGGCACAACGAGGCAGUCUCGUGUUUGGUGAUCAACUCUCCGGAAAGUUCCUGCUCGGCAGAUGAACAGUUCUGAUCUUAUUGCCUUCGGCAAGCCAGCGUGGCGUUGCCUUAAUUUUCCCAGCAAUCUUUUGUGGCGCACUGCCAACUGUCCAACCGCUUUUCAAGUUGUCCGGUUGUGAUUGUGCCACCUUUUGGGUGACACGUUACAUGCGUGCACGUUCCGAGAAUUCGGACUGCUGGCCAAGCCACCUGUGGGUGGAAAUUGUUUUUGUGCAUAGUUGGGAUUUGUUCAGAACGUCAUCGUAGAUGUCACGUCUGGGCAACUUUGCCAUACCAUGGUGCGCAGAUCCCUCCUCGUCAAUACCAGGCGUGUUUGAUUGAG